AUGUCAGAAGCUGCUGAUGAUCCAAUAAUUAAAAUUGAACCACAAGAAUAUCCAAUCGAAGACAUUAAACAGGAAAUUGAGGAAGAGUAUGAAUCGUGUUCAGAGGAUGACAAAACAUGUCUAAACAGAUUUAUGAACUCCAUAGUGAAAAUAGAAGAAGAUGUUGAACCGGAAUUAAUUCAGACUGCUCCUUAUAAAUGUGACAAGUGUUAUAGAACAUUUAGAAAGUUGCAUUAUUUAGAACAGCAUGUGUCAAAUUAUUGUCAUAAGGAUCCAUAUUGUUCAAAGUCUUUUUCAGAUGCAAGUGCAUUAGAAAUACAUAUAAAAUCUCAUACAGGUGAAAAACAUUUCACAUGUACAAAGUGUGAUAAAGCAUUUACUGAAAAAUAUCAUUUAGAUCAACACAUUUGUGCUUCUGCAAGAGAACAAAUUUUAAAUUCGAAUGAAUCUAGUAAUCAAAAACGAAAUAUUCGCGCUCAUACUGCAAAGGGACCAGGUGAACGUUUGCAUAUUUGCAAAAUUUGUGAUAAGACAUUCACGCAAUUGGGUAGCUUGAAAUUGCAUAUGCUAAUUCACACUGGUGAACGGCCACAUAUUUGCCAAAUAUGUGAUAAGACAUUCGCACGAUUGAGUACCUUGAAAUCGCAUAUGCUAAUUCACACUGGGGUACGUCCUAAUAAAUGUAAAGUAUGUGUUAUUCAAGCAUCUGGAGUUAUGGGUCGCAAAUGCAUUGUUCCUGGUUGCAGUAACACGCGUAAAAAUACGAUUUUGCACAGGUUUCCGCAAAAUAGCUCGGUGCUCGUUGAAUGGUUGAAACGCAUCCAGUUGCUGGUUUUGAAUACCAUGAGUUGGGCUGAUGUUUACCAGAAGAAACGAGUGUGCACCGAGCGUUUUGGCGAGACAUGCAGGAUGCCUGGUUCUUGGAAUGGUUCCAACCUCAAACUUGGUUCUUUACCAAUUGAACAUGGAGGAAUCCAUGAAAGACCAUUUUUCACAGCGCACUAUCCAGUGCAAUCAACAUCAGACGAAAGGGCAGUCGUAAAACAUUCAGAAAUUGUUAUCAAAUGUGGAAUUUCAUUGUUGCAUUCUGGAUUGUUAGAUGUGUUAUCUCUUAUUGAGGAAACAUACUCAGUGCACAAAUAUCUCAAAAUGUCAGAAGCUGCUAAUGAUCCAAUAAUUAAAAUUGAACCACAAGAAUAUCCAAUCAAAACCAUUAAACAGGAAAUUAAGGAAGACCCUGAAUCGUCCUGA